AUGCAGCUCACUUCUACCCUCUUGUCUAGCCUCGCCCUUACAAUUGGUGCGCUUACUGUUGAAAAGCCACUAUCCUUUACCACCUGGGCUUGCAACAAUUGCGCGUCUCCAGCUGAUACGGUCAAUGGCCCUUGUGCUAGAACCGACCACCAGAUCAGGCAAAGCGACAUUUGCAUCACAACCCCCCUCCCCCCCUUGACCAACCAAGGCAGUCUUGUCGUGGACUUCGCCAAACCCGGAUGCACGCGUAGUACGCUAGUGGAUGUGGAAGGCAUCAAUAACAACAUGAGGUGGUUCUUUCCAUCACAAAUGACAUGGUAUUCCUAUCGUACCACGACGUCACAGCUGACCAUCGUUGUAGUUUUCAUUUACGGCAACUCCAAGUGCGAGGGUCACGGUGAUCAAACAUGCGGCUUUGUGGUCUCGAAUGUUUGCAGACCUAUCGUGUUCGGCGCUCGCGCUGCGUACAAAGUCAUCUGCUCCUAA